GUUGAGGAAUCGAAUUUUUAGAGUUAGACCGCCAUCUACUGGAUUACGCAUGCAUAACACAUGUUAACAUUAUUGCGCACUACUAAUGUGCAAAGAUAUUAUGGAGGUGGUUGGGCAAGGCCCUUCUAUUGGCUGACCACGGACUCCGUCAAUGACAGUCAAGCCGUGACGUCUAGGUAGGUGCACAAAAGCUGGGCAAUGUGUGGGCGGUGAGAGGACAGCACGAGGACCUUGGCGCUCUGACUGCCGGAUUCAGCAAACCUGGCUGUCUACUUGAUGUACGUGAUGGGAUUGGAAGCCUCCUAACAGCUGGUGCAAGUUGCUGUGAAUGGGCGUGUAGGCUCAGAGAGAAAGGAAUUCCUCAUAGAUCACUCUAAGGAAGUCGCUCCCUAGAUAAUGCUGGGCCGAAAGCAGACUCUGACAGAACGCCAUUUGUGGGGAACAUGUUCGCAGAUGUAGCGGGUGACAAGUGGUCUCCAGUGAAGAGAACCUUACAUAGAGCGUUGAACACCUGGCCUGCGAGGAGAUGAGUAGAGGGAGCAAGGAUUGUGGUAAAUUGAUUUUAUCCCUCCCCACUGAAUGCCCAGUUCAUUUUCUGAAAGAACUGCUCCGUAUAGAAUGGAAAGCAAUGUAGAACUAUCAGACAUUGCUCAGAUGCUGUGGGACAACGAUGUGAACAGACUUCAACCAGGGGUCGAUUACAAAAUUUCCCUUCAGGAGCAAGCAGGACAAAGUUACACAGACGCAACCAGCAAAACUUCAUUUCCAUUGUUCCUUUUUGUGAACGAGGAUGCUUUUAAGAAGAAAACAUUUUCAGCUUUCAUCUCCCUUCUGGAUAAUUACGAGGCCGACACAGGCCAGCCUGAGAUGAUUACCGCAGAGGAGGAGAGUGAAAUCCAGAACUUUUUGGAUGCUGUAAUGGAGACUGCAGUGCUACAGAUUGCUCACAAUUAUUUACUCAAGAAAGGGAAGGCGGAAGUCAACAAAGAAGAAUUCAAAGGGCAAUUAUAUGACAUGUGGUUCCGUCUAUAUUCUCGUGAAGGAUCCAACCAGCCCAACUCAUCUGGCUUUGAGCACGUGUUUGUGGGUGAAACCCGUGGUGGACGGAUGGUCAUUGGAUUCCACAACUGGAUCCAGUUCUACCUCCAGGAGAAACUUGGCCGUGUGGACUACAAAGGAUACACUAUGCCAGACAACCAGGUCAAGCCGGAUGAGUAUAAGCACCUGAUCACGCUGCAGUUCAGAUGGAAGAAGAGGGUGAAACCGCAGGGCAGCUGCUUCCUGGGGGUGAGCCCCGAGUUUGAAUUCGCCCUGUAUACCAUCAUCUUCUUCAUUUCGCCAGAUCGGCAGCUCAAGCUCAGGUUCAGCCAGUACGAGGUUAUGAUUGUGUGUCACAGCAACAAGCACAAAAACAUUGAGACCACCUACCCUGUUCUGCUACGGUAUCUAACCGCCAACUGAGUCAGGUUCAGGCAUCUUGCUCAGUCAACGUGGCAGAGUCUAUCGGAUAGACUGUGAUGAUCAAUGGGUAUUUCCAAGGCAUGAGAGCAGAAGUGUGAGUGGUUUAUGAAUCUUCUUAGAUCUUCAGCAUUCAGUAAGAUCCUCAGAAUUUUGCAUAACAGCAGAAUUCAGUGUUAUGGGGAAAAGUCUGGAAGAUGGAGCUGAGUCCGCGGCCAGAACAGCCAUGUUGGGGCAGACAUGACAGGCUAGAUGGCUACUAUUUCUUAUGUUCUUAUCAUAGUUGAUUUGGUAGUUGGUCCACUUUCAUAUUAGAUCCUUUUAUUUUCUAAAGACAUGAUCAUCCAAAAAAAAACUCUAUCACAGGACAUGCAGUAAAUACUCAAUAACUUAGCAUCCACAGCCCUCUGAGAUGGAGCUUUCAAAUAACCCUCUGAGUACUGAAAUGUCUUUGUACCUUAGGUCAACAUUUCAUCCUAAGGCUAUGGCUCCUGGCUCUUGAUUUCAUCUGAGGAAAGAACCGCUUGGAUGAAUCUUGCAUCUCCCACUGAGAUUAUUUCUCAUUCUGUGAAGGUCAGUCUUACCCAGCCUUUGUCCACAGGAUAGCCCCUCUUCCUGGGAAUUAAUUUGUUGGAUCUGUGCCACACUGGUUUCAAGGCAAAUAUAGACCCUUCUUUAAAUAGAGAGACUAAAUCUGCAUGUAUUACUUCUAAUGCGGCUUCUCUGAAACUGCACACUGUUAGGAAGGUGUUAUAGGGUAACGUAAUUGGGAGAACUGUACCUAAUUCACAGCCAUAGACGUUGAGUUGGCGUCUCACUUUACGAGGCUGGUCUGAUGUAUUAUGUAAAAGGCUUU